AUGUUACAUAAACAACCUGAGGGUGGUUUGCCCUUGGAUGCUUUAACGCAUCUGGGAGAAUCCAUCGCUAAACUGGAGGAUGUUCGCGAAGUCGUGUGGGACAUAUUACAACCGAGACUUAAAUGUGAAAAAGGGAAGAAUGAUAGCCCUGUGUUUGCCUUACCUCUGUUGAUUAGGGAAAGUGCUGAACUCAAACACAUGUUUUCCAUAGAGUACAGUCUGGUGUUCCAUUGUGCUAAAUGUGACUAUAGACAAGAGAACAAGUUCCAGAAGGCACUGCCUUCCUUACCUAAUGUUCCAGCUGACUUCAGUAUGAAAGCACCAGCAUUUAUUCGGAAUUGUUUCCGGUGUGAAGCCCCUGGUCAGAAAAUGGAAAUGAAAAUUCACAGGAUGCAAGAUAUAGCUAUGUUACAUUUUCUACAAGGUUUACCUAAAGUGGUUUAUGAUGAACUAGAUUUUGAGUUUGAAGGAAGUUUGUAUAGUGUAACAGCAGUGGUCCAGUAUAAAAACAACCCUGAUCAUUUUGUUUCUUGGUUGAGAAACCCACAAGGGAAUCAAUGGAUGGAAUGUGAUGAUUUGAAGUCACCCUUGUGCCAGUUUGAAAAUGCACCACCCAGAAUCCCACCAGAGCAGAUACACAUAGUGAUGUGGGAGAAG